CUGGCUUCCGUCCCUAGGCCUCUACGCUCAUCCACCUCCCACGCCAGCUCUGUUUUCCUCCGAAGCCCUUCAGCCAAUCAGCUUUGGUGAGCGCCUCGUCCAGCGAGCCCCGCGCAUGCGUAAUGUCACCGGCGCGCCAUCUUGACAGAGGGAGCCGCAAUCAAACCCGCUGGAUCUGUGCUGGCCAAGCGGCGGCUUCUCCCUCGGAGAGCCGGGAGGCUUCCUUCCGCGAGCGUCUUACGAGGGCUUCUCGAGUGUUCCGCCAUUGGUGUACCCCCUGACAAGGGCGGGCUGGAGCCUCCCUCUGUCACAGGGGUCCCCCUCAGGAGAGUGACAGGGUCUGCAGGGAGUGAUGCCUUCAAGUCCUAAGUGAUCGCAGAGGACGUCGGGACAGGAUGCCUGUGGUGUGGCCCACCCUCCUGGACUUCAGCCGGGAUGAGUGUAAAAGGAUCCUCCGCAAGCUGGAGCUGGAGGCGUAUGCGGGUGUUAUUAGCGCCCUCCGUGCACAGGGCGAUCUCAGCAAAGAGAAGAAGGACCUUCUGGGAGAACUCUCCAAAGUCUUGAGUAUUUCUACAGAGCGCCACCGCGCCGAAGUGCGAAGAGCAGUGAACGAUGAGCGCCUCACCACCAUCGCUCACAAGUAAGACUUGGACAAAUGGGAAACCUCCAUUUAUAUUCACAUUGCUGGCUUCCUGAUUGGCCUGGAAGCCAGCUCCAGGCUGUUUGCCCAGGAAGCUAGAUUCCCAGCCAGUCAGCAUGGAGUCGGCUUCCGGACCAGUCUGGAAGCUGGGCGGCAGGUCAUGACCGUCUUCCGCACCAAUCAGCAUCAAGCCGGCCAAUCAGAAAGCUGGGCGACAAUGGUCGUGUGUUAUUCAUACACAAGUACAACAUCAACUCCCACAUCCACCCCAGUCCCCAGUGGAAGUGUGGCCACUGUCAAGUCUCCCCGGCCUGCAAGUCCAGCCUCCAACGUGGUAGUCCUUCCCAGCGGCAGCACAGUCUAUGUGAAAAGUGUCAACUGCUCAGAUGAUGACGAGAAGCCUCGCAAACGCCGCCGCACAAACUCCAGCAGCUCGUCCCCCGUGGUCCUGAAAGAUGUCCCCAAGCCUACAACGCCGGUCUCGAAAACCAUUACAGUUCCGGUCUCCGGGAGCCCCAAAAUGAGUAACAUCAUGCAGAGCAUCGCCAACUCCCUGCCACCACAUAUGUCACCGGUGAAGAUCACUUUUACCAAACCCACCACCCAGACCACAAACACCUCUACCCAGAAGGUAAUAAUUGUAACAACAUCUCCAAGUUCUACAUUCGUCCCAAACAUUUUAUCGAAGUCCCACAACUACGCUGCGGUCGCUAAAUUGGUACCCACAUCUGUCAUCACGUCAACCACCCAGAAGCCGCCAAUGGUCGUUGGCUCUGCCCAGUCCUCCGCCAUUAGCAGUACCACCACCAAUGCGCCAUCCCCUUCUCUGCCUCCAGGGAGUAUUGCUGUCACCUCUGUCGUCUCUUCAACACCGUCCCUGGUCAUGUCCACAAUAGCACAAGGUGGCUCGACAUCCAUGGUGAAAGUGCCCUCCAAUAGACUACCUUCCCCUAAGAGUUUGAUCACUUCCCCUGGCCAGAUCCUGGCACAGUUCCCGAAGCAUUACCAGCAGUCGCUCAAACAUCAUAUCCAUCAAAUACCGCCACAAGCUUCUCCGCUGUCGCAGCCGUCUACUAUUACCCAUCCAGCUCCCACUCCACCUCCUCAGAUUCCACCGGGGAUCAAGCCCACUAUACAGAUAAAGCAGGAAUCUGGUGUUAAAAUCAUCACACAGCAAGUUCAGCCCAGUAAGAUCCUACCCAAACCAGUGUCCGCCGCCCUGACUAGUGGCAGCAAUACCCCCAUCAUGGUCGUCAGCAGUAAUGGGGCCAUAAUGACAACUAAACUCGUCACCACCCCAAGCGGGACCCAAGCCACAUACACACGGCCAGCUCUCAGCUCUGCACUCAGUGCUCGUAUGGCGGCUACUCCCGGGGCCACCUAUGUAAAGACAACCAGCGGAAGUAUCAUCACUGUUGUGCCAAAGUCUCUGGCAACACUGGGAGGGAAAAUCAUCACCAGCAACAUUGUAUCUGGAACAACUACAAAAAUAACCACCAUCCCCAUGACUUCCAAACCAAAUGUCAUUGUGGUGCAGAAAACCACUGGGAAAGGGACGACCAUACAGGGUAUUCCUGGGAAAAACGUUAUGACAACCUUGCUUAACGCCAGUGGAGAUAAAGCCCUGCAAGCUCUACCGGCAGGAACAAAGCCAGCCAUCAUUACAGCCACCCGCCCAAUCACCAAGAUGAUCGUCACACAACCUAAGGGUAUCGGUUCAACAGUCCAACCGGCUACCAAAAUUAUUCCCACCAAGAUUGUGUAUGGUCAGCAGGGGAAGACCCAGGUCCUUAUAAAGCCAAAGCCAGUGACGUUUCAGGCCACGGUUAUGAGCGAACAAACAAGACAGCUGGUGACAGAAACCCUUCAGCAAGCUUCGCGAGUGGUGGAGACUACCAGCGCCACCAUCCAGGAAGUGAAAGAAGACACUGAGAGCAGCUCCUCUUCUACCGAGUCCUCCCAGAGCUCCCAAGAUUCCCAGCCCGUAGUUCACGUCAUCGCCUCUCGCGGUCAGGAGUGGACGGAGCAUGAAAUAGCCAUGGACACCACUCCUACAAUAAUCUACCAAGACAUCACAGGAGAGUCCCAGUCUGCCACCUCCACCAUCAAGGCUCUAAUGGAGCUGCAGCAGACCAGCAUGAAAGAGAAAGUGGACACUAAGCCCCGGCAGCCGACCAUUGACCUCAGUCAGAUGGCUGUUCCAAUCCAGAUGGCCUCUGAUAAACUUCAGACUGAAAGUCCUUCCAUUUCCGUGGUGGAACCAGAGUUGGUUGCAGAAUACAUAUAUACAGGUAAAACUAGGCCCGUGGCUUCGACCACCACAGUGAGCUCCCGGGAUGUCCCACUCAGCUCUCUCCUUCAGGUCAGUCACCCGUCUCAGCACCACCAGCUUCAGAGCUCGCAGUCCUCACGUACUGUGCUGCAGCACAUCACCCAGAGUGCAGCACAGGCGUCUGUUGUGGUAAAAUCCAUCCCCACAUCCUCCAGCGGGGCCAUCACUCACUUCAUGCAGCAGGCAUUAAGCAGCCACACGGCUUUCAAAAGAACAGAGGAGACCGUGACCGAAGAGGGUGAAGUGGAGGAGAUGGAUACCUUAGACCCUCAGACCGGCCUCUUCUAUAGAUCAGCCUUGGCCCAAAGGCAACAUAAACAGAUUCACCUGCACCAAGAGGGGGCACACCUCCAGGUGAAGACUGUCCAAUCUUUGCAGACUAAGCAGAAGCAGAUCAUCCAGCUACAGCCAGAGCACAUUCAGCACAAAAUCCAGCAAACGGCCCAACUGUCCAUCAGGCAGCAGAAAUUGACACCCCUCCAGCAGGAGCAGGUCCAGCAGCAUGCACAGCGACAUAUGCUGCUAAAGGAAAGGCACAUCCCUUCAUUGAUGUCUCAGCCGCAGCAGACAGUGGUGCAGGUGCUGGCCGUGAAAACCACCCAGCAGCUGCCAAAGCUCCAGCAGGUACCAGGACAGCAGAAGAUCUACAUGCAGUCUCAGCUGUCCCAGACUCCAGUGCACCUGCCUGUCACAUCUGAAAAACAGGUGACCCAGCCCAUGGUAUCUCAGGGAUCUGCUGUCACUAAAAUCACUUUCGAAGGACAUCAGCCACCCACUGUAUCGAAGGCAACCAUUAGCGAAUGCCUGCCGAAGCUCACCCCUGCAGUGACCAGUCUCCUUCCUGCCGUGUCGUUGUCGGAGAAGGCUUCUGUAGCCGACAUUCUGAAGAUGUCAAUGAUGGAAGCGGAUAUAGAGACCAACGUGGAACCUAUGAUUGUGGACCCCCCAAGCAAAGCAGCACCGAUUAUUAAACCCAUGCCAUUGUUAACUGAGGCAGCUAUUCCACCCCAGGUGCAAAGGCUAUCUGCCCCAAGCCAAGUGACUUCUACAGUACCUCCCCCGCCUAAAUGUUUCCCCGCCCCGAUAAUUACAGCAACCACUUCUACGGCACUUCCUGUCCCCCUGCCGCCACCACCCCCGUUGACGAGGAAAGUGGAUGUACCUGUGGCCAGCCAGAUCAUACAGAUCCAGAAUGUGCCACCCAAAAGGACUGAAGAAAUUGCUUCUGAAAUCAUCAUUCAGACCAUCCCUCAGUAUCCCAUCACCUGUCACUCCGGCUCCAACGUGGUGGUGGAACCCAGCGGACUUCUAGAGCUGAAUAAUUUCACAAGCCAGCAAUUGGGAGACGAAGACACUGUCAUUAUAAACGACAGUGACAUUACCAGUGAUGACAGGACACAGUGUAAGCCUUCAAUGAAUCUAGAGCAUGCAUAGCAAUCCUACGAACCUCUG